UGUAGACCAACUAUAACGCCCAUAAGGCAGUCUGCGCUGAACUUUGUGCGAGAUAUAUAUAGUCCGCAACUCUCAUUUUUCAUUACAACCCACAACUGCUACGCUUUCUAGGAGAUUCAGAAGAUUUUUAUCACGAGUGAUUUCGAAGUCCAUCUACCUCUACGAACCGACCGAGAGAAGAGCUCCUUGUAAGUAGUUACUGAGUAACUAAAACAACUCGUCGCAAGCUCAUCAACCAAGAACCACAUCUUCAACUACUCCGCGACGAGGUCAUCUUCCUGACCCCUCGAACACAAAACAAAUCUCCGAAAAUGGCCGUGCCUGCUUCUGAUGUUGUCAUUGCUUUUGGCUCUGUUGCGGCCUCUAUUGGGAUGAGCGGGUUUUUCGCCUACAGGAUGUGGCAAACGCCAGAGGAAUACCUUACCUCUUUCGGAUUCAAGGACACUGAUAAGGAAAGCCUCUUUCCCGUUGUGGUGAACAGCCUGCGCAUGUAUGCAGUGGCCUCGGCGUUCAAAGGUACCUCCACUUCGUUUUUAACAACCGUCACAGUCACUUUCUACUGCAAAAAGUUUCCAAGUAUGUUGCCAUACCAAACAUCAACAAUCUCAAAACGAAAACAUUCACCACUUCCACUGGUACGCUUCCAUGAUCUCCAUUAGCCUAAACCUUCCACUAGUAGUACCUUGCAUCACCAUCUUGCAUCACCAUCCUCCACCUUUCUAAACCGUCUUCCAUCCUCCACCUCCAUCAGCCCUCGUCGCUUUUUACUUACUCGUCCUUUCUUGUGCCAAUCCGGGAUUGUGGGCGACGACGGUUACUUUUGUCCUCCUCUGGAACCUGGCUUCUAUGAUUGCGCCAGCAUUUCGCUUCUACGAAGACCCCAAGAGCCCUCGAAACAACGCCGCUAGCAUCGCUGCAGCUGAACAGUUUUUGAAGACUGUUGGUAACAAAUUAGUUGUUGUUGUGUUUGUAAGGCUUUGAAAUUCAAAACUCUAUCGGAAAAAUCGUAUUCGUUCAAACACCGCGCCUCCUGUAUCAUCCUCGGACUGUAAAUAUUCACCGAGACUGAGACUCGCACAGGCUGCAUACACCAUUACCUCCUAAUAGUUUUACCUCUAGAGAUCUAGCCCUUGGAACAAAACCAUUACCUUCUAAAAAUACAUAGUAGAUCUAGUCCUUCCAACAAAACCAUUAGUUACCUUCUGAUCUAGCCCUUCCAACAAAACCAUUACCUUCUAAUACAUAGUACCACAUCCACAAGUACCACAUCCUUCCACACUACAGCCCCCGUCGCGAUCGCUUUGGUUUUCGCCGAAUUUAUGUUGUGGUGGUACUCCGAGGCUGGCACCAACUACGUCCACGACGCUCUUCAUGGUCUGCCGGAAGACCUCACUUUUGUGAAGUCCCACGCCAAGAACUUCCUGCAACACCAUCUUCGAUUGUAAGUAACAAGGUUUGGUUCUCUUUUGGUUUUUUUACUGGAGCAGUAACUUGAUUCUUUUGGUUUUUUUGUUUCCUAGUUAGGUGUGCUCCUUCGUGAACUAUAACUUUGAUGGGCCUUCUUGGUUUGGUAGUGAUGAACUCAUCUUUCUUCUUGACGUAGUACCUUGAUGGGACUCAUCAGACUCCUGAUCUUCUGAAUCUCCAAUUUAUGCUGAUGUAAAGACACUUGUAGUGACUUUUGUAAAGAAAUCCAGCUUUGAACACCAACAUGAAAAGUUGUAUCUUAUUUUCAAGGUUGUAGCACUAUCAUUAUCAUAAUAUCCUUUUAUUUUCCGCUCGGUCUUUCCGGUUGUUGCACAGAGGUCUUUCCGGAUAUGAUCCGCAGUUUUAUUGAACUACGUGUGCAGUGUCGAAAGAAUGUCUAGAAAGUAUCGAUAAGGUGUUUGUUCGUUUUUUCCUCACCGUUUGUUCUACUUCUCACAGUUUGUUCCUCUGUACCGUCCGAAUCAAGAAAGCUUUUUCAGAAGCAAUCCGCACCAUUCAAAAAAGUUGUUCUCACAGGAAUGUCUUGCUUGUGAAGUUGUGACUGUUUGAUGUGAUAGAAACUAGAACGACCACACUGUGAC